AUUCCAGCACUUUUCGCCGAAAUCACACGUAUCCUAAAUCACAUUAUGGCCGUUGGCACACAUGCUUUGGAUGUGGGUGCGCUUACACCGUUUUUCUGGCUGUUCGAGGAACGUGAAAAGAUGAUGGAAUUCUAUGAACGUGUUUCCGGUGCACGCAUGCACGCAGCCUAUAUACGCCCCGGUGGCGUUUCUUUGGAUAUGCCACUUGGUCUAAUGGAUGACAUCUAUGAAUUUGCUUCUAAGUUUGCCGAACGUUUGGACGAGGUUGAAGAUGUACUCACCACAAACCGUAUUUGGGUACAACGUACUGCCGAUAUUGGCAUCGUAUCUGCCGAAGAUGCGCUAAAUUAUGGCUUUAGCGGCGUUAUGUUGCGCGGUUCGGGCAUCAAAUGGGAUUUGCGUAAGCAGCAACCAUAUGACGCCUACCAUUUGGUUGAUUUCGACGUACCUAUUGGCACCAAGGGUGAUUGCUAUGAUCGGUAUUUGUGUCGUGUAGAAGAAAUGCGCCAAUCGUUGCGUAUCAUCGAUCAAUGUUUGAAUCAAAUGCCAGCUGGCGAAAUAAAAACCGAUGAUGCUAAGAUAACACCACCCUCACGUGCAGAAAUGAAAAGCUCCAUGGAGGCGCUCAUUCAUCACUUUAAGCUGUUUACCCAGGGUUUUCAAGUACCGCCUGGUGCCACGUACACGGCUAUUGAAGCACCAAAGGGUGAAUUCGGUGUUUACUUGGUGUCUGAUGGCUCAAGCCGCCCAUAUCGUUGCAAGAUUAAGGCCCCCGGUUUUGCACAUUUGGCGGCGCUAGAUAAAAUUGGCAAGCAACAUAUGUUAGCUGAUAUUGUGGCGAUCAUUGGUACACUGGAUGUUGUAUUUGGCGAAAUCGAUCGAUAAAUGCAAAAAGAGGCAUAGUAAAUAUAAAGUGUAAAAAUAAUUUUUGUUUUGCACGAGAUGUUGAACAAGCGAAAGUGGAAUAAAUAGGGUUUAUUAAAGCUAUCAAUUCAUCUCCUA